GGUUAGUAUCUUGCCCAAGGAUAUUUGGCAUGCAGCCAGGAGGCAAAUAAAUUACAUUUGUUUUGCAAUGAGAAACAGGAGAAGUAAGAGUAUGGAUGUGUGAGUUCCUACUAACAGCAACACUCACAUACAGUGUAAAUUAUGAAGCUGCUGACACGUUUUCUUGUUGUAGUUCCAUCUGCUGCACUGUCCAUACCACCGUCCAGUACAACUGCAGAACCUCAGGCAUCAUCAGCCGAUGGUGCAGCCUCAAGUGUGAAGAGGAAGUCACCUGCGCCCCUCCCACAGGAGCUGGCAUUUCUACUAAAGGAGACCACAGGACCGAGUACAGAUGCUGCUUCCACAUCUGUGUUCAAAGUGCUGACUUUUGAAGACAGCAGUGAAGAUGAUCCUUCAACUCAGCCAGCUGUUCCAGUUCCAGUGGCUGGUUAUGAGUAUGACCUCAGCAGCUGGAAUUGUUCUCCUCACCAGCAGCUGUGGAUGAAGACUGAGCUUCAGGACCUUGGACUGUGGCCUGGGUCUCGACCAGUGCGUCACGCAGGGAACGCGACUUCACUCUGGCGUCUCCCUCCACAGCCUGAGCUCAUAGAUACAGUGGCUGACCUACCAUCGCCAAUUUUCUUCCAGCUCCACCCCUUCUUCAGCCUUCUUCUCCAACCUGAGAGUGUUAGUGCUAUCAUGGUCAGGUUAAGAAACAAUUAUAUCUUGCCAUGUCUCCAUGAUUGCUUUGGUUCACAAGUGGUCUCUGCUGGUGUGGGCAGGCCACGAGUAAUUGUUGGCACCAGUGGUCAGUAUUACAUCCUGUCCUCACGACUCUGCUGCAGGGCUUGUCGCAGGAACUGGUUUGCUGACAAUCCACGAUGGCUGGAGAAACUGCCCAAAAGGUUUACCAACCUUCUCCCUGCUUUUCUUACAUAUAAAAAGGCCAUCUGCAAGUCUGUUAUGGAUAAGCUCAGGAGGACUGGGAAAUCUCCAGCAGAUAUGGCAAAACAAUUAAAUGAACUCAUGCACCUCAAGUACGAGCGAGCUCCCCUGGCGUACCUCCAUGCCACAGAAUCGGUCUGGGAUUCUGAGGCAGGAGCCCAUGGACAGAGGACCAUUGGGAAGUUCCUGAGGAAGGAAAAUAAGCCACAGGAGUUCAGGUCUUAUGAAGACCCACAUGCCUGGUGUGGUGUUUCUGUGUCCAGCCAUUACCUGACUGACUGCCUGCUCAACGAAUUCCGACGUCAACAUCCAGUCAUAUCCAAACUCCUCCAGGCCACAUCUUCAGGUCUGACCACACCAGGAAGGUGGCACGAAAAGUCACGCUGGCAUCUGGGGUCAUGUCCAGUUAUUACAUAAUGAAUGAAAACUGGCUGAGUGUUUCGUGGGUCAUGGUUCAGUCUGAGACAGAAAGGUCUCAGACUGAACCAUGUACCAGGGAAUGGCCAAAAGGUACAGUGAUGC